UGUAUCAAGAGGAAGCAGUCGAUUUACACAGACGGUGCAGUACCAGAAACAGCAGCCUGUGGUCUAUUUACUACAGCCUUCAAACACAUUGGAGUUCUUUUAACAAGGCGGCAUUGUUUGCGGCACAUGGAGAGGAAUCGGGAAUUGCAGGUUGCCGGUCUAGGAACUGUAUCUGCGCUUCCCACAGUCCGCCUCCUUUCGUGCUGGGCCACGAACAAACCGCUGCCCGCGCCCCGGCUCUGCCGCCGAGCAGGGCGCUCCCUCCCGGGCGGUGACCGCCACGCACCGCGGGCGGCGGUGCCUGCCGCGGGUCCGCCCUGCCCGUGCCCGCCGGCACAGGGCUCCCGCCGCGCCCUCACCUGCCGCGGGCCGCAGCCGCCGGCCUCGCCCCGAGGGCGGCCCCACGGCGGCGGGGCCGGGUAUGGAGCGGCUGCGGGUGGACGCGGCGGCGCUGGACGAGUACGCGGAGUACCGGCGAAUUGUAGGUGAUGAUGAUGGAGGAAAGCUCUUUACCCCUGAGGAAUAUGAGGAAUACAAAAGAAAAGUAGUGCCAAUUCGGUUACAGAACAGGCUGUACGUGAGCUGGAGAUCACCAACUGGCAUGGACUGUAAGCUUGUGGGACCAGAGACACUGUGCUUUUGUACUCACCGGUAUAAACAACACAAAACGGACUAUGAAGUGAUUCCCGAAGACCGUCCUAUUUGUGUGCCUUGUAGAGUGAGCCGUUGUCCAUGCCAGUCCUACCACUACGUGCCUCUAAAUGGCACACAGCCCAUCCGUUGCAGAUGCAAACACUUUGCUGACCAGCACAGUGCAGCACCUGGAUUUUCAUGUAACUCUUGUUCCAAGUGUUUGGGCUUUCAUAGUUGCUUUACCUGUGCAUGUGGUCAGCCAACAUAUGCUCAUGAAACAGUCGUGGAAACUAAAGAAGAGCGCUUAGCCCAAGGAAAGCCUGUGGGGCAGGAUGUUCCUUAUGCUGCCAUGGGAGGACUGACUGGUUUUAGUUCACUAGCAGAAGGCUACAUGAGACUUGAUGACAGUGGUAUAGGGGCUCCUUCUGCUGAACAUUUAGAAUCCCCUGUUACCAGCAUGGAUCAUCCAUUUCUUAAAGCAUUUCAGGGACCUUCUAGUUCUGCUCAAAUCAUCCCACAGAUAGCAGGUGGUUCUAGUGGCACAAGGCAAGUUUCUCAUGGAAAGUGUUCAGAACAAGAUGACAUGGCUUACUUUGAAAAAUGUUAUCAAGAACGGCUGAAAAAGGAGAAGGCUGCUAAACAGAGAGAGAAAAGUGCAAUGCCAUCAAAGAAGCCAUAAGUUUAAUAAAGAACUAUUUAUUAUAUGCCACAGUAUUAAUCGUUGCAUUGAAGAGUAUUUUUCGCUGCGCCUACCUGCAUACUUGUAUUUCUUAAUUUCUUUAUUCUGCUGGUUUGUUCUAUUGCUGAAAUGAAUUUUUAAUUAUCUUGUUGUAGUAAAGUUGGUACUUUAAUCAAUGCACUUCUGAUCACCAGAAUUAUUACAUACAUAUUCCUUUGAGAAUGGAAAAUCAUAGUUAGACAUUUACAGAACUGUUAUUGAAGAUCUGAAUAUCUAUGUGUAUUUAAGUAUAAUGUUGUAGUAGGCCAAAGAAAAUAUGUCUUAUUCUUAAACUUCUAUGACACACUUUAUUUGUAGAGUCCUUAGAACUCAUCUUGUUCAUGGAUUUUUACUUGGUGGAAUUUGUUCUGUCAACAUUGACAUUUUAAUUUUAUUUAAAUACUUUUUUCCUAUUGGUUUCAUUGCCUUCACAUAAAAUUCAAACAUAGCCUUCUUUUCUCAGGCUUCUCUAGGCUCUGUUCUUGCCAAUGUAUAAAUAUUUUUUAACAUGUGAAGUUCUGUAUGCUUGUAAACCCAUUUCCACAUGUACUUAGUUGUUACUUGAAGGGAUCCUGCUUGUUUACCUUAUCCCAGAUUUCUGUAGCAUGCCAUCCAUAACAAUGAUUCUAUUACACUAAACUUCCAAAAAGAUUAAAUGGAUAUGCUAGUUAUUGCCUGUAAACAAAUAAUUAUAUAGUGUUUGAUACAAACAUUUAUCCAACAGGUAAAAGAUACCAAGAAGGGAGACGAGCUUCUGUAUACUUUGUCUAUAUUCACAGCUGUGGCAGCAUAUGUUGUAUUAAAGGUAGUGGACAGGAAAAUAUAAUAUUUGGUAACUUUGUGUGGUGGUUUAAAUCUGAAGCAGUACAGCAAGAACUUAGUACAGAGUAACUGGCAGAGGCUGCAGUUUAGGAAGCAAAAGCAGAGCCUGAGAUCACUUUGUUAGUGUCCUUUAAAAAGAGAGUUGUAAAUCAGUUUGUUGUUAAAAAUACUUGAAGAUGUCUCUUGGAUUGAAGACUUUUCAGGUGGGAUGUGAGUACUGAGACAUUAUAGCCAGACCUGGGAGUAGCUUACAAAGUUCUGAUACCCAUCAGAGAGAAUGCUUCUGUGUGCUUGAUGCCUGUAUGUGCUUGAUGGGCAGGGGAAAAGAGGCGAGAUUGGAGGCAUGUGGUGCAGGGCAGCCUGCUUUUUGUUCAGACACCAGCUGUGGGAGGGAAAGAGAGUUCUUAGGAGUGCAUGCAGGUCGUACAGAGACUGAUGGAGAUGGCUGGAGUUCGAGUGAAGAGGGAAUGGAAGGCUCAGUUGCCCAAAUUGACAGAUUAAAAAAGUCCAUUUACCGUAACUCUGACCUAUGCUGCCAUUACUCCAGAUGCUGAUCUGAGAGGUUAAUCUGUUACUUCAAUUUAAAUGCAUAAUAUAUCAGAGUGACUAAUGAAUGUUCUAAGAGUACCUUCACCUUUACAUUCUACACUGUUUCAUGCUGCUUUAACUUAACAAAUAAAAACGUUAAUUUGA